AUGACAUCCAUUAUUACCCUUAACCAAAAACCCCUUCUCCAUCUUUCACUCCUACUUCUGAUGCUGUUUUCUUCUUCCACCGAAUCCCUCAGAUUCGAACUCCAAUCUGGUUCAACCAAAUGCAUCUCUGAAGACAUGAAGAGCAAUUCCAUGACUGUUGGCAAGUACUCCAUCGUUAAUCCCAACGAGGGUUAUCCUUUACCCGAUUCCCACAGAAUCACCGUUAGGGUGACUUCGUCUCAGGGAAACAACUAUCACUAUGGAGAUCGUGUGCAAUCGGGUCAGUUUGCAUUUGUUGCAGUGGAAGCUGGAGAUUAUAUGACUUGUUUCUGGGCUGUGGAUAACAAACCGGAGGUGAAGUUGACUAUUGAUUUGGAAUGGAAGACUGGUGUAGCAGCUAAGGAUUGGUCUAAGGUUGCUAAGAAAGGCCAAGUUGAUGUAAUGGAAAUAGAACUAAACAAGUUACAAGAAACUGUUACUUCCAUUCAUGACGAGAUGUUUUUUCUUCGUGAAAGAGAAGAAGAAAUGCACGAGCUCAACAGAACAACCGUCAAAAGAAUGUUCUGGUUGAGUUUGCUUUCACUCUUUGUCUGCUUAUCAGUAGCUGGGUUGCAACUAUGGCACUUGAAGUCGUUCUUCGAGAAAAAGAAAAUCAUUUAA